AUGCUGGAUUUAAAAUGCGACACAUUGCUCAUGACCUGUGUCAUCGUCGCAGAAAUCAUCCUCGCUUCUUUCGUGACUUCGUCGUCCUCUUCAAAUAUCCAUCCCAGUGAGAUCCCACUUGCUUUCGAGGGAUCUGAGGGUCUUGAACACUCGACAACGACUGCAAGUGGCUUCAUUCAAGCACGGAAUUUUUCGCUUGAAGAUCCUCAAGCUGGUGAAGAUGCAGUCGGCAGCUCAGAAAAAGCCACGAAUGCAUCCUUCCGGUCGAUCUUGAAAGGGUCUCUUGGAAACAAGGCUUCGACGACACGCCGAGGAGAGCAGCCGAACUUCGUUUCCACGUCGCCAGAGAAAAAUCGCUCUCGAGAGAGUCCGGAAAUGAACGUGGCCCUCGCAAAAUAUUCUCCACCGGAAGUAGACCUUGUCCGGAAUUCCAACGGGCACUCGGGCAAAGUUCAAGAUGGCCGAGUUGGGAAUUCGCGGCAAGUGGGAAACCGUGUCGACGACGACACUGGCCUCGUUGAAGGUAAUAAAAAACGGGAAUAUCCCGGGUUGCCGACGACGACGCAGGAUAAGGAAAAAUACCCCGGGUUGCUGAACCGCGUUCAGGAACAGGAUCAGCAGAAAGCGGUCAACGUCUCGCUUUACCACGCCUACGGCAAUAACAAGUCCCUGAGUGGGUUCGGGUUCCCCGCGGGACCCGGACAAAAUCAAUCUUCCUCUCAGUUGACGUUAACUGGGCGGGAUUCCGAGGCAAAAACUCGGGGGCCGCUCAUUUUCAGGGAUGGUUCCACAGCAGCCCAAGAAAAUCAACUGCAACAACAUGGACAGCGAGAGGAACCAGAUGGGGUUGCGGAGCAAAACGGGUCAUGUCCGGUUCGCUGGACGUUCCACGAAGGCAAAUGUUACAAAAUCUUCUUCAGUCUCCAUAAGGACAAUGCGAUGACAUUGUUGACCUGGUCGGAGGCGCGGAAAAUGUGCGGGUCGAUGCCAUCAUUGAACUUGAAUUCAACAGCCACUGUGUCUGCUGCAAACUGGAGCCACGCUGAUUCUGAUUUAGCUGUCUUUGAAGACCUUGUUGCUGCCUCUCGUGUCUUCAGGCCAUCAGAAUUNUAUCCCGGGUUGCCGACGACGACGCAGGAUAAGGAAAAAUACCCCGGGUUGCUGAACCGCGUUCAGGAACAGGAUCAGCAGAAAGCGGUCAACGUCUCGCUUUACCACGCCUACGGCAAUAACAAGUCCCUGAGUGGGUUCGGGUUCCCCGAGGGACCCGGACAAAAUCAAUCUUCCUCUCAGUUGACGUUAACUGGGCGGGAUUCCGAGGCAAAAACUCGGGGGCCGCUCAUUUUCAGGGAUGGUUCCACAGCAGCCCAAGAAAAUCAACUGCAACAACAUGGACAGCGAGAGGAACCAGAUGGGGUUGCGGAGCAAAACGGGUCAUGUCCGGUUCGCUGGACGUUCCACGAAGGCAAAUGUUACAAAAUCUUCUUCAGUCUCCAUAAGGACAAUGCGAUGACAUUGUUGACCUGGUCGGAGGCGCGGAAAAUGUGCGGGUCGAUGCCAUCAUCGAACUUGAAUUCUACAGCCACUGUGUCUGCCAACUGGAGCCACGCUGAUUCUGAUUUAGCUGUCUUUGAAGACCUGGCUGCAGCCUCUCGUGUCUUCAGGUACCUCUGGGUUGACGGGAAGCCCGAGUCAGAGCGGUCGGUUCCUUGGCGAUUCGGGGAACCGCUGUUAACGCGGGACAGCGUCGUCGUCGUCGUCAGGGAUGCCCCAGUAAACAGCAGCAGCAGCAGCAGCAGAAUGAACAGCCCACAGCGUGCUAAAAAUCAGCGAACCGGUCACCGUGCCAAAAGAGCGUGUGCCGCGAUGGGGCCGGAGUUUUCCGACACUUCCGCCCUGUCCGUCGCGUCCGCCAAAUGCGAGUCCCUCAAGGGGUUCGUGUGCCAAGUUCGAGCCGGGCUUUGGAGACCAGGCUUCAUCGAUCAACGACUCGAAGAUCGAUGUGAAAAACAAGGGAAACCGGGUUGGCAUUUUUAUUCGGGAACUUGCUACGGAUUUUUCGGCCUGGGACGACAUCAAAUGUCGGAGAACGUCGUUGACGUCGGACGUGUCAAGACUGAUGUUGUCGGCGAAUUGAACGACGACGAACAACUUCCGUGGGAUUUAGCACAAGCAAAGUGCCGGGACUUUGGAUCUGAACUCGUCGUGAUUAUGGAUGAAAACACCAAUGAAUUCUUGUUGCACCGCGGACAGGUGUGCAUCAUCAUGAAGUUGGAGAAAGCUUUCUUUGUUGCUGUCAUCGUAAUCUUGGGGGUCGUGGUUUUCACGGGAAAUACUUCGGGAUCCGAAAGAAGCUCUGCAUUGUUGCCGAAACACACGAAUGUGUUGGACCUGAGGCCGUUCAAAAGACAACUGACAUUAGUGAGGAACUCCGACGAACAAAAGGAGAAAAGAGCCACCAGGCUGUUGUCAAUGCCAUUCUUGUUUUCAAGAGGAUUGGCAACACUGGGACAACUCGUCAGAGGCGCCGUUGGCAACUUGAAAAUGCCUGUGCAACUCGAAGGCCCAGCUUCGGGAAUCCGCGACGCAGUCGCAGGAAUAACGGAUAGAUCUUCAUCGGCGAGUUCAAUGCAAGUCCGCCGCGUAGAACGAAUGGAAGCUCAUCCAAAAUACAAUCCUGUUAAUGCUUUGAACGACUUGGGAAUCAUUCUUUUGGAAACUGACUUCGACUUCAACUCAUUUGUGCAACAUAUUCCUCUACCGAAAGAAACCACGAUUGUCAAACCUGACUCUGACUGCAUCGUUUCCGGCUGGGGAUCGACGGACCCCUACGGGAUCGAAGACGCCUCCCGCCUCCAAUACGCCAAACUGAAAAUCGUGCCGGACUCCCGAUGCCAAGAGAGACUCACUGUGUUCCGUCGCGUCUACGGACAAUCCUUCAGCAAGGACCUGCACCUUUGCGCUGCCGUGGAAUCUGGACUGGCCAAUGCCUGCUUCGGCGACUCUGGCGGCCCCUUCGUGUGUCCCACUCGCCGGAAUGCGACCUUCCUGGCCGGGGUCGUUUCGUGGGGACCCGAGGUCUGCGGGUCAUCGGUCAUACCCGUGGUCUUCACGGACGUGAGGGCGUACUUGCCGUGGAUAUUGGCAGCAUUGUUCACAAACGUCGACCGUUUCUACAUCGGACUUCGUCGCUUUCCAACAUCAGCAACAACAACAACCACAAACUCAAGUACAGGAAUCCGAAACCAGGAAUUCGGCUGGGGUCUGCAAACAACAAACUUUACAGCUUGGGCAGACGGCGAACCCAACGACCACGGAGCUCAGGAAAGCUGUGCCACGCUUCGACUCUCUGAUGGACACUGGAAUGACGAGAAUUGCGGAGUAGCUGCUCCAUUUGUAUGCCAGGCGUCGGUGACCCAACGAGGUCAGCGCAACCCCGGAAUGAACCACCGACAAGUGCACGAAUCCCCGAAGACGAAUGGUUUCCACUGCGACGUUGGUUGGAUACAAUGGAGAAGCCAUUGCUACAAACUUUUUCCGCCGUCAGAGGAUUUCAAGGCAGCCUUCGUCCAUUUCUUGCUGCAUGAUGACCGAAUCACGGCAUCGUGGAAAACAGUUUGGCUGGGACUGACCAGCAAAUAUUCCGAAGGAGACUCCUUCACUUGGAGCGACGAGUCACCCGUCGACUUUUCGGACUGGAGUCUGUCCGAACCUUCCAGUCACGACAGGAUUUCCCGUCAUCCGGAAUAUUGCGUCGGAAUGCGGCUGCACGGAAGCAAUGGGCUGUGGAAUACGCUUCCUUGCGACGAAACUUUGCCCUUCAUUUGCAAACGCGCUGCUGCUGAACCGACAGCAAAGGAGACUUCAUCAGACAAACAAGGAACUUCUGUCAUCCGGGAUCAACAUUCAGCAUAUUGCGAAUCCCAGCAAGGAAGUUUACGAAGAUUCAAAAAUAGCUGCUACAAGUUUUUCAGCGAAAAGGAGGAUUUAUCAACCAAUAUAACGACGUUGCUGACAAACAGUUACACUGAGACAUCAGUUCAUCAAACAGCAGAGACGUGGAUUGACGCAGACUCAGUUUGUCGGCGACUGUUUGGACCCGGAGCUCAUUUGAUCUCGAUAAACACAAUGGCAGAGUUUAGCUUCGUCUUUUCUUUCUUGUCGGACUCUGAAAAUGAAUUUUGGAUCGGAUUGACACUCAACAGAACAAAGCAAAUGUUCGAGUGGCUGGAUGGCUGGCCCAUGAGUUUCCAAAACUUUGACGCUGCGAAUCGAGCAAAUGUACCAUUGCAUAAUCAUAGGAAAAAUGCCGAACACCUGCAGCGAAAUUCAAGGAAAGACUUGUGCUACUCCAUGUCACCGAAAUCUGGGAAGUGGCAUUCUAAGGAAUGUCAUGAAAAAUUACCAUUUGUUUGUGAGCUACCAGCUUCAGAACAUGAGAAAAAUUUGCUGAACUCACAAGAAAAGACGAAUUCCCAAAGUUGUCAAAUUCCUGCGUGGAUCGACAUCGGGACGCAGUUUUGCUACUUCGUUGAACGUAUUGACAAGCAAACGUUCCAAGGGGCUCUCAAUGUGUGCCAGUCGGUUAACGGUUCACUAGCAAGCAUUCAGGAUGAACUGGAGCAAACUUUGAUUCACCAGCAGUUACUAGAUUCACACGACAUCUGGAUUGGACUUCAGAGAAAUGACACUCUUGGAUAUGAACAUUUCCAGUGGGUUGAUGGAAGCUCCGUCAACUUCAAAUCCUGGGCUCCAGGAGAACCAAGCGACCCUGCAGAAAAAUGCGUGGAAAUGUACGGCUCAAGUGGUCACUGGAAUGACAACAACUGCUUCCACUACAAAGGCUACGUCUGCAAAAUUUCGAAGCCAGCCGUGAAGUGAACAUCUCAUCAA